GAGAUGGAUCUAGCUAAUAGAAUUUCGGAAAUUUGCCUUGCUAAGUUUGACGCUCUUCCCAAAACGGGAAAACCCAACGAAGGCUUUGAGUGGACAAUUUUGUCAGCGAUAGUCAAAGUGGAGCUGAAUUCCAGUGAACCAAAAAUAGAAGUCGUUGCUCUUGGAACCGGAACGAAAUGCUUGGGAUCGAAUCAACUAAGUGUGAAGGGUGAUGUGCUUAAUGAUAGUCAUGCAGAAAUUAUGGCCAGACGAGGAUUCCUCCGAUACUUGAUGAGUGAGAUGAAGAAUGCUUCUGUAAAGCGUUCCAGAGUUUUCGAGUACAGCGAUGAAUCGAAAAAAUUACGUAUGCAUAAGGAAGUAGCCUUCCAUUUCUUUACGACGCACAGUCCCUGCGGUGAUGCUAGUAUUUUCGAACUGGCAGAUCGGCCCGGGCAAGACGGACCGCCGGCUAAAAAGAUGAAAUCAACUUGCGACGGUAGUAAAGCCGGAUCAGCUUUCGCCGUUGCUGAAGGAAUGACUGGAGGAAAGCUGCUGCAAUGUCCGGGGCCGGAUAUGAUGGCACAGGACAUGGGCAUGAUUAGGACAAAACCUGGGAAAGGAGUAAGAACUUUGUCGGUGUCUUGCAGUGACAAGAUGGCCCGAUGGAAUAUGCUGGGAGUUCAGGGUUCACUGUUGACGACGUUACUAGAGGAACCAAUCUAUCUCGAAAGCAUCGUCAUCUGUGGUGGAACGGAGUUCAGCAAGGAAGCAAUAGAACGAGCUUUAUGGAUCCGUUGGGAUGGUGAAUUGAUGGAAAGCGUGCUGAAGCAACCAUUUAGGUUGAACAAACCUAAUGUGGUUCUUGCUACGAAUGGCAAACUGUUCCGAUUCCGGAAAAAUCGAGACUCAAACGAUGGAAGCAAAUUUCAACCAGCACCUGGAGGUAUCGUCUGGUGUGGUGGAGUAGAUGACAGACCGUUGGAGGUAGAAAUCGGCGGCAGACGACAGGGAAUUACCAAGAAGAAGCUCGGUACACCUGCAGCCCGACUCAAGAUAUCGAAAAUUGAAUUAUUCUCAACAUUCGUUUCGUUGCGGAACGCGCUGCGGAUCGGUGUCGACGGCGACGGGGUGGCAGCCGAAUCAAGCAACGCUGACGUGCAGAAGAAUUUAUCACCACCCACAGGGGGACACUGUCAAGAUACUGCUGGUGGUGAGGAGGGUGAGAUAGACGCAUCUACUAGCGGUGCUCGUGAGGAUCUCAGCAGCUUACGGUAUGCUGACGCUAAGGAGCUUUGCCGGUCGUACCGUGAACAGUGGAAUACACUGCGAACCAGGGUAUUUCGAGUGUGGAGUGAGAAACCGAGCUGCUUGCUAGAUUUUACCCUCAAUUCGCAAGGCUCUGUUUAGCAGAAUGAUGUUCGAGGUUCCUUUGUUGUUUUUUUUUGUUUCUUGAAU